AUGUCUUUUCGGCGACCGUUUGGUGAUCGCAAUGGCGACUCCGGCAACGUUAUCAACAAAGGCCAACAUGGCAGCGUCUCUGAUGGCCAUGAGCUGUAUGUGGGCACCAAGGGUGGUAACGAUGCGCCACCUACGUACCAGGAUAUAUCCGGCGCGCCAAUCGAGAGAGAGUCCCCGUUAGGAUACUCUGUCGGCCCAGCUACCAUCACACUACUGAAUGUAACCAUGAUGAUUGGUGCUGGCAUCUACUCUACACCCUCGUCUAUCUUGUCCGGCACCGGUUCUGUCGGUGUCAGCCUCAUCUACUGGACCCUCGGUUACUUUAUCUGUCUCACAUCCGGCUCCGUCUUUCUCGAGUUCACCGCGUACUUCCCCAGUCGUUCGGGCGGAGAAGUCGUCUUCCUCGAACAGGCCUACCCCCGGCCCAGGUGGCUGUUCCCAACCACGUUUGCUGUCCAGAACGUGAUUCUUUCUUUUGGGAGUGCAAAUGCUACGGGUGGGCGACCGCAACAUCUCAGUCUCGCAGUUCACACCCCCGAUAUGAUGCGUGUCUCUGACGACGUUUUAGGCCUCGUGUUCAAUACCAAGUAUGCGUACUGGUUCUCCAACGCUGUCGGGAUCGUCAAGAUCUGCACCAUCAUCUUCAUCAUCCUCACCGGCUUCGUCGUUCUGGGCGGCAACACCAGGGUCAAGAGCCCUACAGCCAACUUCCACGAUGCGUGGUCCGGAAGCUCCAACGCUUCGGCCUACGGCAUGACCACCGCUCUGUACCGGAUCAUCUUCUCGUACGGAGGAUACAACAAUGCCUUCAACGUUGUCAACGAGGUCAAGAACCCCGUGAAAUCGCUCAAGAUCUACGCCACGGCUGCCCUGACCAUUGUCUACGUGCUAAAACUUGACGCUAAUGGCCCUUGUCUUACGAUAACAGUCCCUAAAGAUGAACUCCAAAACUCGAGCCUCACGACCGCCAGUCUGUUCUUCUCAAAGGUUUUCGGAGAGAGCGGGGCGGUCCGCGGUCUCAACUUUCUCAUCGCACUGUCGUCCUUUGGUAACAUGAUCGCCGUCAUCGUCGGUAUAUCUAGACGAAUCAGAGAGACCGGGAGGCAGGGUGUGCUUCCCUUCAGCACCUUCUGGGUUUCUACAAAGCCCUUUGGAACUCCGAUCGGUCCAUACUUUGUCAUCUGGUUCUUGACCUGUCUUAUGAUUGUUGCCAUACCUGCCGGCGAUGCUUUCACUUUCGCGUACACCCACCCAGUCAACGACCUUUCCGUCUUCCCGACCGCCGUAUUCAACCUAGCAAUGGCGCUCGGCAUUUACAUCGUCCGCUGGCGACGUAGAAAGGCGAACCUCCCCGAGCCGGACUUCAAAGCGUGGAACGUUGCCAUCAUCUUCAACAUCUGCAUUCAGCUCUACCUUGUCAUCAUGCCUUGGUAUCCGCCGGCUGGUGGCCAGUACGCAGGCGACGUCAGCUUCUGGUACGCCACGUAUGUCGUGACGGGUAUCGGAAUCCUGGCAGCCUGUGGCAUCUACUACUGGGUAUGGGCUUUCGUCCUUCCGAAGUGGAAGGGCUACAAGCUACGGCAAGAGGUCGUCUACUUGGACGACGGAGCUCAGGCCAAUGUGCUCAGAAAGAUUCCCAAGGACGAGGUAGACGAGUGGGACUCUACACACGAUGCUACGGGGCGUCCCAUUCAGACAGCCGGCGAGGAGGUUCAGGUAUAUGAAAAGGGCGUCAGGAUCUCUUCCGAGGGCAAUACCUCUGAUGGAAAAGGUCAUGAACUCAGCGGUGACCGCGAGACCACCGAUGUC